GAGCAGCCUCAUCACGCUGACCUCUGCCUGGGAUGUAAACCCCUCGGGCCUCGGCGGGCAGAGCACAGUUCCCGGCGCCUCAGGGAGACGCCAACUCGUUCAGCUCUGGGCGGGCCAGCCUCGACCUCCAGCGGCCGCCAAGCGAUCGCUGCGCGGGCGGGGAGCGUGCGUCGGUCCGCACGGGCGGCGAGAGGAGGGGCGGCGCGAGCCAUGGCCGGGGACAGCGAGCAGACCCUGCAGAACCACCAGCAGCCCAACGGCGGAGAGCCCUUCCUGAUCGGCGUCAGCGGGGGCACGGCCAGCGGCAAGUCCUCCGUUUGUGCUAAGAUCGUGCAGCUCCUGGGGCAGAAUGAGGUGGACUAUCACCAGAAACAGGUGGUCAUCCUGAGCCAGGAUAGCUUCUACCGAGUCCUCACCUCAGAGCAGAAAGCCAAAGCCCUGAAGGGCCAGUUCAACUUUGAUCACCCGGAUGCCUUUGACAAUGAGCUCAUCUUCAAAACACUCAAAGAAAUCACCGAGGGGAAAACAGUCCAGAUUCCCGUGUAUGACUUUGUCUCCCACUCUCGGAAAGAGGAGACAGUCACUAUCUACCCAGCGGACGUGGUGCUCUUUGAAGGGAUCCUGGCCUUCUACUCCCAGGAGGUCCGAGACCUGUUCCAGAUGAAGCUUUUUGUGGAUACAGAUGCAGACACUCGACUCUCCCGCAGAGUAUUGAGGGACAUCAGCGAAAGAGGGCGGGACCUUGAGCAGAUUUUGUCUCAAUACAUUACAUUCGUCAAGCCUGCCUUUGAGGAAUUCUGCUUGCCAACAAAGAAAUAUGCUGACGUGAUCAUUCCUAGAGGUGCAGACAAUCUCGUGGCCAUCAACCUCAUCGUGCAGCACAUCCAGGACAUCCUCAACGGAGGGCUCUCCAAGCGGCAGAGCAAUGGCUAUCUCAAUGGCUACACCCCUUCACGCAAGAGGCAGGCGUCAGAAUCCAGCAGCCGACCACAUUGACCCCAUCUCUGUACCACAGCCCCCAGCUCCAAGACAAAGGAGGGGUCAAGAGGCGUCCAUCAGCUGUACAUACCGUCUCCUAUGACAUCACUAUAUUUAAGAAAACACCAUGGAGAUGAAAUGCCUUGAUUUUCUUUUUUUCUUUUUGUACUUUGGAACAACAACAAAUCAAACAGAGCUUGACUCUGAGCUUAAGUGACAAACUGUGCCAACUACUACUGGUGAUGCCUAAUUAUGACUCCAACGUGUAACCAGUUAUAAAUACAUACAUACAUACAUACAUACAUAUAUAAAAAUUGAUCUAUUUUUGUGUAAAUGUACAAAUAUUGUAAAGCUGUUUGCCAUAAGUAUUCUGCAGGGCCCUGCCUGUGCUUGUGUGUUGGGCCUGGAGCCCUACUCAGAGCAGGGUCCCCACGGUCCAAGUGGGCUGACUCUGGCAUUUGGGGAGACAUGGAAGAGGGCGGUUGAUCGCUUGAUGUCCUGGUGCUCCUAGGAACUGGAUCUGAUAGAGACAUUUUUUUUCUUUCUUUCUUUUUGGUGACUUGAAAUUAGGUGAGAUCUCAACUCAAAACUCAAUCUCAGGGAAGAGGCCCACUGAGGAAAGAGCAAGUUGUCUGUGAUUCUUCUUGCCCCACUCUCUGCCUCUGGUUGCCUGGAUAGUUCCACGACUCCUUCCUUCUGCUAUUUCUCAGUCUCCCAGGAAGCCAGAGCUGCCUCUCCUUUCCUGGUGGGAAUUUUGCAGGGUCUCUUUCCAAGAGAAAAGAGUGAGAGGAGGGGGUAAACUGUGUCUUCUAGCGUGUUUAGGGAAUCACUGGUCUUCCCAGAGAAGUGACUAGUCAGAUUACAUGGGCACAUUGUUAGAUACGGAGUAACUCCUUACAGUUUGAACUUUGGUUAAAGACCUCUAACCAGCUGCUCACAGGGUGCCCAAGGAGCUCUGCCCCUGUAGUAGGUAGACACUGGCUUUUAUCCCUCUGAGCUGGGGCUGGAUGAGAAUGGCCUACACUUUACCCUCAGGAUUCUCCUGAGGGCAGCAGGUUGAAUUACUGAACUAUAUCAUCACCACGUGAAUAUGGCGGCCAAGCGAGAAAGGGCUAGGAGAAGGAAAAUAUUUCUUAGAAAGUUUCUAAAGGGAGGGUAUUUAAAUUAUGGGUACCUAAGUUGAGGUCUUAGGUUGAAAAUACCUGAGGUAGUGAUUUCUGGUUUUUCUAAGUACUCCCUCUUGGUGGGAACUCCUACCCUGAGGAAGUAAAUUACUGGCAUGCUGUGAGGAGUGCUUGGAGGAACUAGGGCCAGGCAAGAUGGAACAGGAGUGAGGUACAGUCCUCAGCCUCAGAGUCUAGCUAUGGAAGACCCAAGGAUUGUCAUAGAUGGUCAUCCUAGUGCUUGGUGGGCCACACGCUUAAGUCACUGCACUGUGACUGCUGGCACCUGGACACUGGAGUGCCUCCUGCCUGGGUGGCUCUCGGAGCCCACUGAGGUUUGGACUCCGUUACUAUCUAGCCAUGCUGCGGUUCCUUCUGCCAGCAUCGUCCAGCCUGAAUACCCCUUUCGGGAUUCAAAUUUGCCUCCAAAUCUGUUUUUCUAUUUCAAAAACAUUAACCUAGUUCCCAGUAGAGCUUUGCCACCCUUGACAUGAGGUGCCAGGAGGCCAAAAUUCAGGCUCCGCACCAAGUUCCCAUGACGGCAACUGCUGCUGGAACAGGGAGGCUCCCAGGCAUCUGUGUUAAAGGCUCACUCUCGUCAAGACAGAUGCAUCCUGGAGUGUUUUGAGAGUAGUCUUUAUCACAUCACCUUCACGUUCAUGCUUGAGCACUUCUGAGAUGAAGGGUAGUUUAGGGAGGGCCUGGACUGGGAUGUGAGCAUACAUAGGCCCUGACCUUACUUGGGGUUGCAUGUGCUCAGGUGGAACCCAUCCCUGCCUACAAGAGCCUCGACUUCUUGGUGGGUAGCACGCUCAACUUUACUUGAAGCUCCCAGGUGCCAAACCACUUUGUGCCUUGGCUGCCUAUCCCACUGCCUUGGAGGAUGGAUUCUUCUCAUCUCUGAGCCUUUACCUAGCUGCUUCCUCAUCUACCUGUGGUGUUGGGACCAAGCCUCCAGGACCUCUGAGCAGUUCGCACCUAGCUUAAACACACCUCCAGGACUGCUCUGCCCCUGUCCCCUUGGGAAAUGGUCACCAGUUUUCUGGCUUGGCUGGGAGUACUGGACAGCAUUUGCUGGGUAUAGGGAAGGAUGGGACACUCUACCACUGGUCACCCAGGCUUUGGCCAAUCAUGCAUCUGAACUUGAGUUUUCUGUAGGAAACAUUAUAGUCUGAGUCUUUUAAGAGGGUCUGGAUUUCCAAUUUCAGUGGAGAGUUGGAGGUUAGGAUUAUUAGGAAACCAUGGCAUUUGUCAUCUGGGCACUCUUAGCUCUUCAGAGAGUAGGCACAGAUGAACAAUUGUACUAGGUUGAUCACGUGCACAGAAUCCCUUGGCUUCAGAGCCACCCAAUGGUGCUUGCUUCCUCCUACCUGCUCACAUAUCAUCUAUGACCUGAGUGUUCAGGAAACAAAUAUCUGAGCCUUGUGUCACAGAAAGGCCCAACUUUACACUUCACAUUGAUAUACUUUUGCUGGCCCAUGUUUUCCAUUUGAGUAACCAGAGGCUAGUAUAAACAAAGAUAGGACUCUGCCUAGAAAGUGUACAACUGCUGUGACCUGACAGAUUCUUUGGUGUGUUUAGAGUAGGCCCUGGGGGAGGCAGUGGGUUUAGGCAAUGGGUUCAGUCCAGAGGAGGGCAGCAGACACCAGUUUACCUGUCCCUGAAACAAACAUUGGCUUCUCAGAGCUCAUGGGGAAGUUGGUUUCAGCUUCUACUGAACUUGGAUCCUUGUUGCUGUACCCAGGGAAGGUUGUCUGUCUUUUGCGAGGCCACUGAGUCAGGUGGAGGCUGGUGUGUCCCUCAGGAAGUGGAGAGACCUGUGCAUGAUUACUGACAUUUUUUUUCCCCUUGCUGCCGUUGUUGACUUGACUGAGCCUCCAAGACACUGGGAGGGACGCAGCCUCUUGCAGGGAAAUGACUUCCUCUGCCCUUGGAGCCUUCUAUGUGCCUCUCUAAGAUCUUGGCACCAAACAGUGGGCUGCUUUAGAUGAAGUGAGGGUCGGUCCUGGGCACAUACAGGCCAGUGCUUCUGAGGAGGGGCAGCUGACCUUCUCUGUCACCUUUGCCUUUUAUACUUUCUGUGCGGGAUGUCAGACAAAGUAAGGAAGAAGACAGGUUGGGAAAGGCAUGAUUGGAGGCAUCCCGUUCCCGGGCCUUCUCUACCCUCCUGGUGCCAGGUGCAGGUAACAGAUAUUACAGCAGCUUUGUGUUGCUCAGGCAGCCAGGGUUCACCCAGGCCUGCCUCAGGAGUGAGAGUGAGUGGCUAAAGACCUGGACUGUUCUUUCCCUAUAAGAUGCUGGCUCUUCCUGCUUUGCUUUUUACUGUGUGACCUUUGUUAGUGCUACAAAAUGACCACAUGCUAUGUACUUUGCUGUAAAUAAAAACUGAACAAAAACUA